AUGGUCGGCGAUUCACAAACUGCUGCUAAGGUUACUACCAAUAAGGGCAAGUGCAAACUUCACCAGGUGGUUAGAGGUAAAAAUGAAGAGGCUGAUUUUCUGGCCAAAAUAGCGACGAUAGAGGAAGGAGAAUUGUGGAUGAUACUCGUGUACAAGUUUUUGACACAGGAUGAUCUGCUGAUCGAUGAAUGGUCAGCUAAACAAGUAAUAAAGAAAUCUUCUAAAUAUGCACUAAUUAAUGGUCGGUUAUACAGGAGAUUCUCAACUCAAUUGUGGUUGCAAUACAUAAUGGAAGAUGACGGCCGAGAAAUCCUUAAAGACAUUCAUAAAGGUAAUCCUGGAAAUCAGGAAGGAGCUCGGACGAUUGUCUGGAAAACAUUCAAACAAAGAUACUACUGGCCUAUGAUAAUGCAAGAUGCAAAAGAGUUUGUCCAGAGGUGUCAUUGA